UAGAAUAUCAUGGAUCUUAGAGAUGGGAAAAAAGUAGGUGCUGGAGAGGAUAUUGAAAUUGUUGAAGAGGUAAUAGUGGGAAAAGCGCAGAGAGAGGAGUCAAUUGAGAAAGAGGAUACAAUUAUGAGUAUGUUUGCUAUGAUGAUGAGUAGGUUUGAGGAAAAGGAGGAAAAGGCUAGGGAAGAUAUGGAAAAGAUCAUGCAUAAGUUUGAGGAAAAGGAGGAAAAGGCUAGGGAAGAUAUGGAAAAGAUCAUGCAUAAGUUUGAGGAAAAGGAGGAAAAGUAUAAAAAAGAUAGGGAAGAGUUAGGGAUAAAGAUGGAUAUGUUAGUAGUAGAGGUUGGUAAGGUUAGUAAUAAGGUUGAGGACAUUGGUAAAAGAUUAGAUGAUACUAAGACUGAACUAAGACAAGAGAUAGAAUCGAUAAAAGUAGAAACAGAUAGGAAGUUGGAACAGAAUAAGAAAGAUAUUAGAGAAGAAGUAAUAAGUAGGAUAGAUGAGAUAGAAACUGUGCAGGAUGAUAAGAUAAAAAAAUUUGUGGGAAUAGAGGUUAAUGGGAAGUUAGUAGAGGUACAGGAAAUGGUAGAUCUGAAUAAUAAGAGAGUGGAUGAAAUAGUUAAGGGAAUAGAAGACAGGGUACAAGUAAUAAAAGAUAUAGGUGAUAGGAGUAUAGGUUGUGUUCAAGUGGGAAAAAUGGAAAAUAGGUUUGACGGAAAUAUAUUUAAAAUUCAUCCUAAGGUUUUUGUCAAGAUAGUUAAAAAUAAAAUACGAAAUCUGAAGAGUAUCGAUGACAUAAAGGAAUACAUCAGGGAAGCAAUAGAUAAAGAUGUAGUAGUAUGGUUUUCUAGUAGGGAGAGAGAAUUUAGAACAUAUGAGGAUUUUGAAAAGAGUUUCUUAGAGUGUUAUUGGGGGGAAGUGGUUCAAUCAAAUGUUAGGGAGAAUUUAUAUUUUGGAAAGUUUGAUGAUAAAAAAAAUAUGAAGUAUAGUCAGUAUGCUUUGCAAUUAUUUAACAUUGCACAGUAUUUAGAUCCUCCCAUGAGAGAGGAAGAAAUUAUCCGAUAUAUUGCGAGACAUUUUAAAUUUGAGAUCACAGAAACAAUUAUUUUACAGAAUAUUAAGGACAUGAAUAUGUUGAAUAAAUAUUUGUCGCGAAUAGAACAAGGUUUAGGAAAUAAUUUAUGGGAAAGAAAUUGGUAUAGUGGACGUGUAGAGAGGCGUGGAAUAGAAUAUAAUGAGUUAGUAGAGAAUCAGAAUAGGUUUACACCUGGUCAGGGCUAUUAUAAUCGAAAUUACAGAAAUAGGGGGGAUUAUAGAAAUGAAAUGGGUAGGUCAACGAAUUAUCAAGAAAGAGGAGAUAGGGAUAGGACCUCUGGAAGUCAAUGGAGAAAUAAUCCUAGAGAAAAGAAUGUAAGAAUGAAUAGUAUACAAGUGACAGGUGUAGAGGAAAGAAAUAGAGGACAGAAUGAUCUUCAAGAUCAAAGGGGGGAAGAAUAUUUUUUAGGGAACGGGGAGCAAAAUUAAAAGUAAACAUUUGUAGAUAUGAACAUCCAAGAGAGUUCAUAAAAGUGGGGGAAAAUUGUGAAAGUAUUAUAGAGGAGUCAAUGGGGUUAAUAUUUGUGAAAGGUAGAUUAAAUGAAAGAAAUGUAAAGAUCUUAAUUGAUACAGGAUCAGAAGCGUCAUUACUGAAUAAAAAGUUAAUGGGGAAUGAUGAUAAAUCUCUGAUAAAGAUACCAAAAAUCCAGUUAGUAGGGGCAAAUGGAAAAAAAUUGUAUGAAGUAGGGAGAACGAUCAUUGCAAAUAUUGAGUUAGGG